GCCCUUGAAGAAAUUAUCCUCUAUUCUAAACAAGUAAACCCAUAGGUAAACGACACUCUUUCCCUCCCUCACUUGCAGAAGAAGAAAACGUCCGAUCACCUCUUCCCACUUUUAUGUUGUCUUCGUUAUAAAAAGGCCCUCUGCAGCUUCCAUUCUUUAUUCCUCUUAAUUUCGACAUUUAGGGUUUCUCUCACUUCCCCUUCCUCUCUCUCGGGUUUUUCUUGAACUCCAUUAAGACCUUUUUUUAGGGUUUCUCUCUCUACAUUCUCGACUACUUGAAACCAGAACCAUGUUUAGGAACCAGUAUGACACAGAUGUCACGACAUGGAGCCCAGCUGGCCGGCUCUUUCAGGUCGAAUAUGCCAUGGAAGCUGUGAAGCAAGGGAGCGCAGCCAUUGGCCUCAGAUCUUCGAAGCAUGUGGUUUUGGCAAGUGUUAAUAAGGCGGCUUCAGAGCUCUCUUCUCACCAGAGAAAGAUAUUUAAGGUUGAUGACCAUGUUGGGAUAGCAAUUGCUGGUCUCACUGCUGAUGGUCGUGUUCUUUCGAGGUAUCUCAGGUCCGAGUGCAUAAACCAUACGUUUGUUUAUGAGUCGCCUCUCCCUGUUAGUAGAUUGGUUGUUCAGCUUGCUGAUAAGGCACAGGUGUGCACCCAGAGGUCAUGGAAGCGUCCUUAUGGCGUGGGCCUCCUUGUUGCUGGCCUGGAUGAGUUGGGGGCUCAUCUAUACUACAAUUGCCCAAGUGGAAACUACUUUGAAUACCAAGCUUUUGCAAUUGGGUCUCGCUCCCAAGCUGCAAAAACCUACCUUGAAAGGAAGUUCGAGACAUUCAAUGACUCUUCACGUGAAGAACUCAUCAAACAUGGUCUCCUGGCUGUGAAAGAAACCCUGCAAGGAGAGAAGCUGACCAGCUCAAUCUGCACUGUUGCCAUUGUAGGGGUUGACGAGCCAUUUCAUAAGCUUGAUCUGGGAACUGUGCAAGAGUUAAUCGAUGUCUUGGAGGCCGAGGAGGCGGGCACAUCUGAGCCUCAAAGGGAAGGUGAUCAGAGUGCCAUGCAAGAAGACAGCCCCGAUGUGGCUCCCAUGGAUAUCUAAGUGGCGUGCAAAUGAGGUUGACUUUCAAUGUUUUCAUCCUCCCUGGAUUUUCAAUUGGUCAUUUGAAUAUGAAUAUGGGAAACAUGCUCAUCCGAUUAAUCACUUUCCUUUUGUUACCUUCGUCGCUUAUUUGGUUUUUCUUUUCGUAUAUGACAAGGACAAGUUUUGUUAAAUUAUAUCAAGCGACUGUUAAUUUAUCUCCUUUUUAUCUGGAAAAAAAAAUAGCUAUAUGGGGUUUAACUAUGGUUUA